GUGACCUUAGUUUGGGACUGCAGGCGUAGAUGUUGAAAGGGUGUUGAAGUCUCAGAUUUGCCGGGUGACCCCUUCAGCUUGUACAAAGAUGCGGCAUUGGAGGCCUAGCUGCAGGAUCAUUCAUUCUUUGAUAGCAAACUUCGCAGAAGCUUCGAUCAAAAAGUGCCCAGUGUUUAUCACUGUUGUUCUAUCUUGCUAUGCGAUGCUAUGGGAAACCGGCCUUAUCCUUGACUCUUUCACCUCGCGAGCUUCAUGCUUCGUUGACCUGUUCAGUUUGCAGCCAUGCGGAUCCGGUAAUGCCAUGCGGGACUCACGAUGUCCAUGUUACUAAUAUGCAUGAGAAGCUUUUACGGUCACCACCCCACAAGAGCUUCGAGCUGGGUACUACAGAGGGAUGCAUUGUGCCCGCAGAAACCUUCAGAUUGUGCGUUUGCUGUACUGGAGAAGGAGCGAGGCGCCCUCCUUGGGUUCUUCUUACUUUGGCCACGGUGCUUUGCCUCUGACUUUAAUGCAAGCCUGGUGAAAGCCGACGGGGCUUUGCAAGAGGUUGAGGUUGCUUUGCAGGAGAUUCAGCUCCACAAUGCAGCAAUUACACAAAUGCUCAACCAGAAGGCCCCACUGACUAGAAGAGAAGCACACUCCUUGACUUUGGAAGCUACAGCAGAACGAGUGGCGGAGCACAGACUCUUCGAGGCCAUGAACCGAGCGGAUCAGGAUCUUCGAGGUGGGCGAAACUCCACCAAUCAGACCAACCAGAUCGAUGCCUCAUGCCACGAGUGCUCUUGGUUUGACAGGCUUUUGCUUGACAUCAGCCGCCAACGUAUCUUUGUCCUGGCCGGGUUAAUCGCAUCACUGGUCAUUCUGACGUGUGGGUGCUUCUGGGGAUAUCGCCGAAAAUCAGAAGCGGGCGAUUUGGAGAUAGGAACCGAUGAUCUUGACGAGGUUUGGUUCCGGAAGCCGGCCCCUCCAGGGUCACCGGCAUCGCCCUCACCAAAGGGGCUGCCCAAAGGGCCAAGAAGGUCAUGAAAAGACGGAAGA